AUGAGAAAGGAGAUCAUCAUCCGGAUGCAGCCGGGCUCGGACAAAUACCACAAGAGAGCUCUCAAGGUGGCCGCCGCCGUCAGCGGAGUGGUGUCGAUCACGGUGGCCGGCAGGGACAGGGAUCUGCUGGUGGUCAUCGGCGACGGCGUGGACGAGAGCCAUCUGACCAAGAAGCUAAAGAAGGAGGUCGGGGAGGCCGAGAUAGUGCAGCUGCGGACGCUACCCGAAGGCACCUCGGCGUCGGGGUAUCUGCCGGGCACGUCCAGGGACGUCGUCGGCGGACACUCCCGGUCGCCGUACCACUUGCAUCCCACGGACACUCCCGGCCGCGUCACCUACCCGGUCUACGCGCCGUCGCCGGCGGCCAAUCCCGGGGCUGCACGGUGGUCGGGAGACCACAGGCAAGCCGAAGCGGGGUACUAUCCCAGCGCGUCCAGCCCGUCCUUCUACCACGCGUCGCCCGCGGCCGGGUACGGCGGGUACGGGGGCAGCAGCUAUGCAAGCGCGGUGGCGCGCAGCCACCCGGCGAACUACUCCCCGAUGAUCGAGCGGCACCGGCACGACGACGGGAGCUGGCGUCGGCACCACGGCGGGGGAAAGCCAAGCUGCUGCUCGAUACAGUAG